GUGGCGAUUGACUCGCCCAGCAUCCGCUUACCCAAAUCACAGGUCGGACCUCCCAGCUUUCUCUUGUUCAAAUUAUCCCAGCUGAACUUGAUACUGGCCCCGAUGCCAGGAAAUCCCCUGCCUUAAAAGCAGAUUCGUUUUCGUCUGUCUCCAGAAGCCUACAGGGUGAAUUUGGUUAUACUUGUCUAGGUUUUGCAGUUAGGCUACGGGUUUCCUUAAUGAUAGUGGCACCACAUUUAUAUGAAUGAAGCGACUGAGUUGGAAUCACGUGUUGUUUUAAUGUUAACGUCAUUAAUUAUCGGCGUUUUUAUUAUUUGCAUUUACUUUAAAUCUGUGAAAAGCUGACACGGCAGUUACUCUGCGUCUCUGCAAAGUUUAGCUCUUUUCUACUUGAAGGAUUUCUGCAUUCUGUAAGCCGACUGUCAAAAUGCGAGACGGGAGCCACGUUCGUCUGUCCUUCUUUCUGGCACUGGCCGGCUUUUCAUUAGCGGACAACGUGCGGUUUUGGUCCGAAGGUGUCCUAGACGGCGCUGGCUUUUGUUACUGGACAAGGGCAUCAGCGUCCGGGCGCAUCUACCUCAACUUCCUACAGACCCCUCUGUCUCUUCGACUCUUUCACACCACGUGGACCGAGGAUCUGCGACUUGUGGACUGCGCGGUGACCGAGCAGCCGAAAGUAACGAAGGGCUAUCUGUCUCUGUGCUUGGGAGAACCCACGGGUAGUUUCUCGCAUGUUCCGGACCUACGUCUAAACGUCAGUAGUGUUUUCGCACCAGAUAGCCCGUGUGUAACCCAGCACGAAGCGAAAUACCGAGCAUCUGGUCGGGACAGACGGGACUUGCUGUUUGAUACAUCGCUCCGGCGGCAGAAGCGGUCUUGGAUCUUUCCCGGGACGUUGUGGUGCGGGACGGGGAAUAAAGCGAACAACUAUGAAGACUUGGGUGUGUUUGAACGGACGGACAGAUGCUGCAGGGAACACGAUCACUGCCAGCACACCAUCCCCUCUUUCACGACCGACUAUGGCCUGUUCAACUCGAACUUCUACACCAUCUCGCACUGCGAAUGUGACCGCAGAUUCCAACAGUGUCUUCUGGAAGUGAACAAUACCAUCUCCAACAUGGUGGGCUACACCUUCUUCAGCGCCUUGAAGGUCCCUUGCUUUGUGCUUAAGCAACGAAUGCAGUGCGUACAGAUGAACUGGUGGGACAUCAGGUGUAACAUGUCCCUGGUGACUCUGGCGGUACUUAGAAAUGCUACGAAGUACAACUCCACUCACCCUGUCCUGGAAACCGAGUACCAUCUGCCCACGGAAAUUCCUGGUAACCGAAGCACACCGGAAGUCCCGGAGACGACGAUGACGACCCUGCCAAGUGUGACUGGCCCCGAGCGAUUCGGUGCUCCAACCAGUGGGCAUCUUCCCAGAUCGCAUACGCCCUGCCGAGCCCAGCUUCACCUGCCUGAGAAGGGGAGCGGGCUCCAGCAAAAAGCAUGCACAGAAUCUGCAUCCGUCUCUAUGAUGCCGAGGACUUCCCAUACCCCCACUGGGGGCCCCCACCCAGCAAACUGGGACCAGUCCGAUGACCUAGAGAAUACACUGCUGGCUGUGACUACUGUGGCCCCAAGCAUGAACCCCAGUAAUCAACUCCUGCCUGUGUUGGACACCCAGCAAAGAGAUAAGCAGCUCUGCCUCUGUUACAAGCACCUCGAUGAGUGUGCGUACAAGAUUCCCCCAGGGGUGGAGAGAUUUGGCCUGUGGAACCUGGAGCCCAGGACCAUGUACCACUGCUCCUGCACUAGGAGCUUGGCCCGGACACUCCGGCAGAAGCAGGAGCCCAAUGCGGUGCAGACCCUGCUGCUCAAGUUCAUCUCUCAGUCCUGCUUCAGAAUGCAACAUGCCAGGGACUGCCCCACAGGGCCAUGGUGUUCUGCCUACUUCUCUGAAGCCCCUCCCAUCAUCCGUGCCCUGAGACGGAAGGGUGCGUCCAAGGCCCGAAGAUUCCUGGAGGUACCCAGCACCAAGGUGAAGCGGCAGGACUCGAGGCCGGUGAAGAGACGCGCUCCUGUCAGACUAUAUCAGAGGUGCCUGACACUAGUCCGCUCCAUGCCACCUAGUGUUGGUUCCUGGAGUCCUGUUUGACCCCCCCCCGACAUAACAGCUUGGGGUCUUGGAGUACUUUGCCCGACCUUAACAUGGCUAUUCAGAAGCAGGAACUGAAAAGUGUCUGUGUAGUGGAUGUUCACCAGAAGGUUGCAGGUUUGAAUCCUGGGAUGGGUGCUGCUGUUUGAAUUGCUUUAGCAAUAUCUGCCCCUAAAGAAUUACAAUUAAUAGUUUUAACCUUGUCUGUGGUUUUGGAUAAAAAAGCACUCUAGAAAAAAAGUACUGUAAUAUACCUGCAGCACUAAGGCUGUGUUCUUAGCCCUACAGCACAGCUUAACUCGUGGCUGUGUUCAUGACCUUGUCAAACAGAUCAUGUGAUCUAAACUGGAACUUUGUGGGGGUUUUUUUCCCCCUCUGUGGUCCAAGGUGUAUGUGGUUUACAUUUUGAACAAUUAAAUUCUGGGUAAAUAUGUAAUAGGUGGCUCUUUCUGACAGAAUCCUCUAAAGAUGUUUUGAUGUUGAAGAAUUAUGCAAGGUCAGUAUGCCACAAUGGGGCAUUUACAGACUUAACUCUCCAUAUUGUAAACGUUUGUCUUGAAGAAACAUCUCAUGAACAUAUUAAAUAUGUAGAAACAUUUUUAAAUUAUCAGUAAUAACCCUUGUACUUCAUCUGCACCCUAAAUAAUCGGCAUAAAAGAUCAAUGAGAUGCAUGUUUCCCCCGUUCUGCCCUACUUUUUGGCCCUAAAUUGAGAGGCCGCAGUGACAACGAUUUGGCAGCAGAGGGCAACAAUUAGUUCCCAUAAAUUUAGGGGAGCAGUUGGUAAACUACAGCGUUGUUGCUGUUUUGUUUAUAACCUGAGAGAUUCGUAAAAUAAACAUUAUGGAACAGGAAGGCGUGGGCAUAUUGGCGUCUUUCUUCCGGUAGCGCUAAAUGUCGUAGUACAAGACAGCCAAUCUUAUUUCUCUGUGCGUUUAAUGUAGUUAUGAAUCUUUGACCUUUAUAUCUGUGUCCAUGUGUAUUUAUAUUGCUUGUUUGUACUUUGAUAAAUAAUAAAUACAAUUUCCACUU